AUGAUAUCCCAGACCCAACACAACCACCCAACCAGGACACUUAGUCCCGACCAGUCGACUGAGACGGCACUGGUCUCACUGACAAACAGAAUGAAUCUAGGAGACGAGCACACUCGCGCGAGGUGCAUCAAGUCCCCGGGACAUGCGCUGUGCUGUGCCGUGUUAGGAGCUGGGGAGCUCGAAGCACACACACGCCCCAAUCCAACCCGACCCGACGCGGCGGUGCUUCAGGCUUCCGAGUCGAGUGUCAGUGUCAGUUCCAGUAUCGUCACCGGCCUCCCUACCAAAGGCCGGCCCUACCCAACCACCCAACUAGGACUUGUUGUCCCGGUCAGUCGGCCGGAAACAACAACUGGUGCUACUGACAUAAAAGCGGUCCAGGGCGAGCACACUCAACUGCCCCUACCCAGCCCAACCCAACGCGGUGAGGUGCUUCAAGUCACCUGGCAGCAGCCCUCUCGGGGCUGCCUUCCAAGCGCUACCCACCACCCACCCGCGCCUGAUCAAGAACAUAAAACGGAAAAGAAGUAG